AUGGCAGAUAUCAGAAAUAGAAAUCACACCACUUCUGUGAAUCAUAAUCUGAUGGCGAGCGCGGGCAACUACACUGCGGAGAAGGAGAUCGGAAAGGGUUCGUUCGCCACUGUAUAUAGAGGGCAUCUGACAUCUGACAAGUCUCAACAUAUAGCCAUCAAAGAAGUAUCGAGGACAAAAUUGAAAAACAAGAAACUGUUAGAGAAUUUGGAGAUAGAAAUCGCUAUUUUGAAAAAAAUCAAACAUCCUCAUAUUGUCGGACUGAUUGACUGUGAACGAACCUCCACAGAUUUCUAUUUGAUCAUGGAAUACUGUGCCCUUGGUGACCUAACAUUUUUACUGAAGAGACGUAAAGAACUGAUGGAAAACCAUCCUUUACUCAGGACGGUUUUUGAAAAAUAUCCUCCUCCGAGCGAGAGUCAUAAUGGCCUUCAUAGAGCAUUUGUCUUGAGUUAUUUACAGCAAUUAGCGUCAGCUUUGAAAUUUCUGAGAUCCAAAAAUUUGGUUCAUAGGGAUAUCAAACCUCAAAAUCUACUGUUGUCCACACCCCUAAUUGGAUAUCAUGAUUCUAAAACGUUCCAUGAGCUUGGAUUUGUUGGAAUCUAUAACUUGCCUAUUUUAAAGAUCGCAGAUUUCGGGUUCGCAAGAUUUCUACCCAACACGUCGUUAGCAGAAACUCUUUGUGGUUCACCAUUAUACAUGGCACCAGAAAUUUUAAAUUAUCAAAAAUAUAAUGCUAAAGCCGACCUGUGGUCUGUUGGUACGGUGGUAUUUGAAAUGUGUUGUGGCACUCCACCGUUUAGAGCUUCGAAUCAUUUGGAGUUAUUCAAGAAAAUCAAAAGAGCAAACGACGUCAUAACGUUUCCUUCCUAUUGCAAUAUUGAACCAGAAUUAAAAGAAUUGAUAUGUAGUUUACUGACUUUUGAUCCCGUGAAAAGAAUAGGGUUCGAAGAGUUCUUCGUCAACAAGGUGGUUAAUGAAGAUUUGUCUGCAUAUGAACUGGAAGACGAUCUACCUGACUUGGAGUCCAAAUCCAAAGGGAUUGUUGAAAGUAACAUGUUUGUCUCUGAAUAUUUGUCUAAACAGCCAAAGAAGCCUGUCAGCAGUCUAGAAAACCACCAACUAAUAACAGCUGAUCCUGACGAGCUCGACGAGGCCCUUAAGAAUAGCGAUAUAUUAACCACACCAGUGCCAAGAACAGACGGUAAGAAGGAUAGAAAAGACUCAAAUAAUAAAUACCACAAUAACCUGAUUUCCGACAGAAGUUUUGAGAGAGAAUACGUGGUAGUAGAGAAGAAAUCAGUGGAGGUAAAUUCACUGGCAGACGAGGUUGCUCAGGCAGGGUUUAAUCCAAAUCCUAUAAAGCAUCCAACUCCUACUCAAAACCAAAAUAUCUUAUUGAACCAGCAAUUUUCCCCACAUAGUCAGCAGUUUUUUCAAAAUCAAGGGGAAAAUCCGCGAUUGUUGAGGGCUGCAUCGUCUUCUAGUGGAGGAAGCGAUGGGUCUAGACGACCAUCUCUGGUAGAUAGACGUUUAUCUAUUUCCUCACUGAAUCCGUCCAAUGCACUGUCAAGAGCACUUGGCAUCGCCUCAACGAGAUUGUUUGGUGGUACCAAUCAGCAGCAGCAACAGCAACAGCAACAAUUGGCUUCUUCUCCACCGUACAAUCAAACUUUGUUGAAUUCGCAACUUUUCCACGAUCUCACCGAAAAUAUAAUAUUAAGAAUAGAUCAUCUGCAACAUCCAGAAAUGCUGAAGCUAGAUAAUAAUAAUAUCGUUAGUAUUUUGGAAUCACUUGCUGCGAAGGCAUUUGUUGUUUACUCAUAUGCAGAAGUGAAAUUUUCACAGAUUGUUCCCUUAUCAACAACAUUAAAAGGUAUGAUCAAUCUCGAGAAUAGGCGCAGUAUGGAUAGUAAUGCAAUUGCAGAAGAGCAAGAUUCAGACGAUGCAGAAGGAGAGGACGAAACGCUGAAAAAGUAUAGAGAAGAUUGUUUAUCUACGAAAACUUUUGGGAAAGGGAGAACUCUGUCUGCCGCGUCUCAGUUAAGCGCUACUUUCAAUAAACUACCACUUUCAGAAAUGGUUUUGUUAUGUAAUGAAGCCAUUGUACUAUAUAUGAAGGCGUUAUCCAUUCUAUCAAAAUCUAUGCAAGUAACUUCUAAUUGGUGGUAUGAGUCUCAGGAGAAGUCAUGCUCUUUAAGAGUCAAUGUUUUGGUUCAAUGGUUAAGAGAGAAAUUCAAUGAAUGUUUAGAAAAAGCUGAUUUUUUGAGGUUGAAGAUUAACGACUUGAGAUUCAAGAGUGCUUCCGAAGUUGAUGAAAAUCAAACUUUGGAAGAUAAAGUUAGUGUGGAAGAGCCAGUAUAUUUGGAGAAACUGUUAUAUGAUCGCGCAUUAGAGAUUUCCAAGAUGGCCGCACAUAUGGAAUUGAAAGGGGAAAAUUUAUAUAACUGUGAAUUGGCAUAUGCAACUUCACUUUGGAUGCUAGAGACCUCCUUGGAUGACGACGAUUUUACCAAUACCUAUGGUGACUGCACUUUCAGAACUAACGUCCACUCAAAAAGUAAUGACGGCGAAGAUAAAGAGAAGUAUCAUAGUGUAUUGGAUGAAAAUGACAGAUUGAUCAUAAGAAAGUAUAUCGAUAGUAUCGCUAAUAGAUUGAAAAUAUUGAGGCAAAAGAUGAACCACCAAAAUUAA